AAGUGCAUAAACGUGCUGUGUACAGUAAUAGUUCAAACAAUGCUGCAAGUCGUGGGCAACAUUUUGAGUUUCCUGGCUGUGUACACUUGCCUGGACUCGGUCGCAGUUGACCUCGACUCGGCAGACGCUGUUCCGGAGAGUCUCAAGUGGACCCUGAAUGAAGAAAAGGAAUUGUUGAGAGAAUACGAGGAUUUGCAAGAGGGAAAUGGCAGGUGGAAAUUGUACGAGUCGCACCCCAACGAGGGCUUUGAUGUCUACUGGCUCCACUCGGAUGCCUACGACAGGGAAAUGAUCAAGUUGACGAUCAGAUCGGAGCUCUCAAAGAACGCAACCGCCGACAGGCAAUCCCAACGCAAGAGUGUUGAAGUUGUAGACUUCAUUUGGACUUCUCUGCCGCCGGAGAUGAUUAUCAGUUACUUACCUGGUUUGAAAACUGGGUCCCUAACUGCUUCUGGGCCCCUGGGCUUUGUGUUUCUGUGUGGUGUGCCCGAGCAAGGAUGCUUCGCUUGGGUCAUGCCAUGUGGACGCAACCCCACAAAAUACCCCCCCCCCUUUGGACAACAACGGCAGGCUGGAGACAGCCAAAGGACCCCAAACUGGGGUUGCGUAGAUGUUGCCAGUUGCAGGGGGCUGGGAGGUGUGCGGGUGCAGUGGCACCGGGGGACGCGGAGCAUCCUUGACCGGGCAGAGGCCUGGAAGAUGGUGGCGCACAGGCGCACCAGCAGGGCCUAG